GGCAAUUGGAGACGACAGUGAGUUUUAAUUUCUGCCUUUCUUUGUUCUAAUUUGUGCGGUGCAAUCCAGAGUCAAUUAAAUUUUUCCUUGGAUUAAAUUUUUUGGUUGUCUUUAAAUACUUUAAGUUGCUAAUUACUAUAAAUUUUGGAAUAUAUAAAUUUUAUCCCAAGGAAUAACUUAAGAAAGCUUCAGUGUCUGAAUUCACUCACAAGCACAGUUUAGAAGUUUGAAUUUUGAAAAUUGUGGCACAUAAUGUGAGACAUACAGGGAGUACAAAUUAAGACUUUGAUUUCACGUAUCUUCCUGAGCCGAGGGUCUAUUGGGGUAGGGGUAUUUCAAUGGAUCACUUCUAUCAAGUUAAUCACACCAGUGCCCUAAAUCAUCCAAAAGACGGCCUCCCUAGUACCCAGUCGUCUAAUGAUGCACUUAGGCAGAUGGGAUCUGAAGGGAAAACGAGAGCAGUUCAUGAAGAAAUGAAGAGAGUGAGCAGACUUCCACCAAGCAGUGCAUAUGCCACUCAUCGGAUGCGCGUCCUAAACAAAAUUCUGCAACUUCUGUCAAUUCAGAGAACCACUUCACAGGAUGAAGAGUUGGAAUUACUGUUUUCUGGACUCUCUCUUGGAUGAUAAGAAGCAAAAGUCAUAUUCUAGUGGUAGUUUAUCAGGUUAUGCAGUGGAUCAUUUAUGUUGCUUGCUUCAUCUUGGGCUUCAGUUGCAUCUUUGCAAACCUUUUAUUUUUGAUGUAGCGAUGUUAUUCUAAUUGUUAACUAAAUUAUACUUGUUACAUAAUAGGUCUAUACUUACACUUGUUAUCUCAAUUAUCUAGUGCAUAAUCUAGCUAGUUCGCCAUCAACAUCAGUUGAUUUUACCUUGAACUCUUACCCGGAACCUUGGCACUACUGUAUUGCUGAAUUUGUUUAUUGAGCUCCUUAGCUUGUCCA